AUGAGGCCGAGGAGACACGGGAGGUCGAGGGUCCAGCGUAUUAAAAGAGGCUGGGUGUGGAACCAGUUCUUUGUCCUGGAGGAGUACAUGGGAUCAGAACCGCAGUAUGUUGGAAAGACUCCUGCCUCCCGGAUCGAUGGCUGCACCGCUCGGGAGGAAAAGUCCUACUACACACUGAAGGCCCAGGUUGUUGACAUCCAUACGGGCGUCCCCCUGGAACCAGAGUCCGAGUUCAUCAUCAAAGUGCAGGAUAUCAACGACAAUGAGCCGCGGUUUCUAGAUGGACCCUACAGCGCCAGGGUCCCGGAGAUGUCCCCAACAGGAACCUAUGUCACACAGGUGACUGCCGCAGAUGCAGAUGACCCCACGUACGGCAACAGCGCUCGCAUCGUCUACAGCAUCCUCCACGGCCAGCCCUACUUCUCCGUGGACCCCAAGACAGGAGUGAUCAGGACAGCUCUGGCCAACAUGGACCGCGAGGUGAAAGAAGAAUACCAGGUUCUUCUGCAGGCCAAGGACAUGGGGGGUCAGCUGGGAGGUCUGGCCUCCACUACCACCAUCAACAUCACCCUGAGCGACGUCAACGACAACCCGCCACGCUUUGCUAAGAGUAUUUUCCAUCUUCGGGUACCGGAGUCAGCGGCAGUGGGUUCAGCUGUGGGUCGGAUUCUAGCUCACGAUCUGGAUGCUGGCAGCAAUGCAUGGGUGGAUUACACCAUCGUUCCAGGAGACGAGGGCAACAUGUUUGACAUCGUCUCUAAUGGCCAAAGUCAAGAGGGAGUCGUAGUCCUGAAAAAGAGUAUUGACUAUGAAACCAAGAAGUCCUACACUUUUAAGGUGGAAGCCUCCAAUGCGCAGCUCGAUCCCCGUUUCCUCCACCUGGGGCCCUUCAAAGACUCGGUGACUGUCAAAGUGAAUGUACUGGAUGUGGACGAGCCUCCUGUCUUCACCAAGCCCUCCUACUCUAUAGACAUGUAUGAGGACACUCCUCCAGGGACCAUCAUCGGCUCGGUGACGGCUCAUGACCUGGAUGCCAGCAGCAGUGCUGUCAGGUAUUCGUUGGAGUGGCAGACAGAGUCUGACAGCUGCUUCGACAUUGACACCGUUGAGGGAACCAUUUCCAUUAAUGAAUACCUGGACAGAGAAACAGCUGUUCAACACAACAUCACUGUGGUGGCAACAAAACUCA